AGCAUAAAAAAGGAAGUCUUCUUUGAACAGAUCGUACAUGUAUGUCAGGUUUUCUUAAAUUGCUCAUAAGCCAAAUCAUCUACAGAGACAAAGAUUUGUUGUAACGCUCUCUUAAUACAGAAUGAAUAAGUCUUCUUGUACUCCUGUCAGCUUUAACUUUACACACACAUUUCUGCCUCCUGUUUACAUCUUAGUCUUCAUCGUUGGUUUGCUAGCUAAUGGAUGGGGUUUGAAAUCUUUGCUUCAGAAGUGGAAGAAACUGGGAAACAUCAAUGUUUUUGUUCUCAACCUCGGACUCGCUGAUGUUUUGUAUCUGCUCACACUCCCACUUUUGAUGGUGUACUACUUUAUGGGGAGUAAAUGGAUCUUUGGAGAUGUGCUUUGCAAGAUAACAAGAUUCUGCUUCAACCUGAAUUUGUAUGGCAGCAUUGGGUUCCUCACUUGCAUAAGUGUGUACAGGUACCUGGCUAUUGUCCAUCCGAUGAGAGUUAUGGGAAGAAUAACUGUCCUCCACUCUGUUGGGAUCUCAGUCUUGGUUUGGCUGUUGGUGAGCAUUCAAAUUGUUCCAGACAUGUUCUUCAGCAAAACGUUUGGAAACAAGACUGGGAAAUGUUAUGAUACCACCGGUAAGAUCUACGUCGAGGAUUACCUGAAGUACAGCCUUGGAUGGACUCUCACUGGGUUUUGUAUCCCAUUCCUGAUCGCUCUGGGCUGCUAUGGACAUGUGAUUGUUGUGCUCUGUCGCACAAACACCACUGACAAGGUACUGAAACAGAGAUGCUUGAAGUUGUUGUUCAUCUUGAUUCUUCUUUACUCCGUUUGUUACAUCCCCUAUCAUGUGUUGAAGAACCUCAACCUCUGGGCAAGAGUACUGUCCAAACAGAGACAAUGCCGUAAAUGGUUUGAUGGAGUCUACAUUGCUCAUCAGAUAAGUCGUGGCCUUGUGUGUCUGAACAGUGCUCUCAACCCUCUGGUUUACCUCCAUGGAGAGGAAAAUAUUCCUGCUCAACUCAGACAGCCGUUCCUGCGAGCUCGUGAGACGUUCAGCCGUUUGUUUCUGUCAAACUCCAACUCUGUGGCUGUAGCACAAACUGCAUAAUAAUAUCUUUACAUUGACAAAUUGCGGAAUGCCACUUUUCUAGUUGUAUGCAUUGACUACAAGAUGAAUGAUGUUGCCUGCUAAAUAAUUGACAUUUUUUAUGUUUUUGUAAAACAUGACGCAGUUUCAACAUGCUGACAAAUGUGCUUAUAAAACAGGAACUGAAGAUUAACCACAGCCUAUUAAGUUUCACUGUAUUCUUUAGAGCAAGGCUGUGGAGCUAAAGUAUAAUGAUGUAAUACUGUAGUUGGGUGCAGGGAAGCCCAGUACCAUUUGUUAUGUGUGUAUAUUGGCUUAAAAGGGAACAUGUUAGAGAAAUAAAAU